GAUGAUGUGGAUGCAUUUAUGAGCAAGGAGGACAACGGCAACAAUGCCCAGCUUGUAAUUAAGAGACUCGAUGAACAACUAAAUAAGUAUAAAUUUAUGGAAUUGCACCUACAAGCCAAACGUAGAAAGUUAAAAUCACAAAUACCAGAUAUCAAAAGUACCCUGCAGAUAGUGAAAGAAAUGAAGUCGCGGAAAGAUGCUUCAGAUGCCAUAGAAACAAACUUCCUCUUAUCGGACCAGGUGUACAUGAAAGCCAAAAUUCCACCCACUGAUCGCGUCUGCCUUUGGCUUGGUGCUAAUGUUAUGUUGGAGUAUGAUCUUGAAGAUGCAGAAUGUCUAUUAUCAAAAAAUUUAAGUAAUGCCUCAAAGAAUUUGAAACAGGUUGAACAUGAUUUGGAUUAUCUUAGAAACCAGGGAACAACAACCGAAGUUACAAUGGCCCGCAUCUUCAAUUGGGAUGUUAAAAGACGUCGUGUGCAAAGAGCCAAAGAGGAGGAAAAGGCCUAAAAAGAGUAGCGUUCUACCUUAAUGGUUUUUGUUUUAAUUGUUUCGUGGGCAGGGUUGAACAAUCCUCUUGAGUUUAAAGAAAAAAAAGUACUGUACUGUGUUAUUCUCUAAUCUUAUACUUCGAUUGUGUUAAAGUGGAUAAUUACAUCAAUGUUUGCAUGGUAUCGCAAGAAAUGCUUGACCAGUGAAGGAUGUCUUUUUGUUUCGCCACUUUCCCUUCUAUAUAUGAAAGCCAUUUUAGUACCCAGUGCUGUGAAUAUUCAUGAGUAUAGGUAGCAACUAUAGUUAGGCAAUAAGUGGCAUCUCUACUUAAUGGACAUUUGAGGGUUCUCCCCUCCCUGAUAAGCAGCAAAGCUUUACCUAUCACUACUUCAAAAUUUCCAUAUAGAAUAUGCAAUACACUGGAGCCAACUCGCAUACCGUAUAGUUUUCUACUAAUGUUUCAAGAGCUGUACUGUAUAUGCAAAAUGAAAUAGCCUCAAAAAUUAUGUAAAAUGUAUAUGCAAAAUGAAAUAGCCUCAAAAAUUAUGUAAAAUACAUUAUGUACUACAUAAGAUAGGCAAACAAAAAUGUAGCUGACUGCAGCAUUGUAUCUGCGUAUGCUAAUGAGAUUCUCAAAAUAAAAAAAAAAAUAAAAAAAACUUACAGCAGGAAGAAAAAGACCAUAAACAUCCUUGUUUUUAAUAACUUUACAAACUCACCAAGUAAGUCCCCAAUAGUCUGAUAAUUACAUACACCACAAAUUCUUCCCUUGAAGACAAAAUAAACAGUAGUGAAUUAAAUACAGUACAUGUCAAGGAUAAUACCUAACUAUUUGAUAAUGUACCCAAAUUUUUUGUAAUCUUGCCUUGAAGAUGAUUGAAGUGUAGUGAGGCUUGCGGUGACUCCUGACAUUUCAGUCAGUCGUCGCCAUUGAAUUCCAGUGGUGGGUAUUGAAGUAAUCAGGCAAUAUUUCAAACUUGAGAAUUCCAGAAUGCUUACUCACGCAACAAAACAUGAGAUUUUCAUGGGCAAUCAUCACUUCGAAAACAAAGAUUCAUGUAAUAAACUGUUUUUGCUUGAUUUGGCAUGGUUAACAAAGAUUUCCAAUUCUGUAGUACAUAUACCAGUGCAAUUACGCUUCUUCUAACCACAGGCCUCGCACACAUCCAGUAAGUUAGGGUUGCCUUAAGUUGAGGUGCCACUAAUAUAACAUCAAUUAAAAUUGUACCAUGAUGAGCAUGGUUACUCAUGUCUAACCUUCCCAUUCUUACAUCAUUGUAACCACCUUUUACAUGGAUUGUGUACUAGUAAAAGAUCUGAUUAUGAGUAAUUCGAGUGGCAUUAAACUUCAUUGGCGAACUUGUUUUUUAUGGGAUGGCUUUAUAUUGAGUAAGUUCCAGUAAAUGGUAAAGUAUGUACAAUCAUUAGCUACAAGCAUCUGCAUUAACUCUAAACUUGGUGCUCAAAGGCCCUUUGUGAAGCAAUGUGAGAAAAAUCCAUAUUUUAAAUUGCUCAAAACUAUGAAAUUCUGCUAAAAUGUUAGCUUACCAAUUGAUAAUUUUUUAUUUUUCAAAUUCUUAGGCACCCCUCUUCCUUUUAAGUAUUUCCAAGAGUAUCCUCUUAUAAACAAAUAACCAUAUCUUAAUCACCUGUACACUACGUAUUACUCUUGUACACUCCAGAGUACAGUAUCUUUGUGUUUUUACGUUUUGCUUGUUCUGCAGAUGUUUGAAACUGGAAACACUAUGUUGCCUUCUAAAAGAUCCACAGUAAUUUGUUACAACCUCUGGUGAAAAAAUAAAAAGUGCUCUGAUGUU